GCAUCGGGAAUGAUUUCGACGACGCCAGAAUGGUACGAAGACGUUACGCCACUGCUCGCCGCGAACCGAUGCGAUGCUGACAAGAGGGCGCGAGAGCUAGGGUCCGAAUUCGCAUGUCGCGUUCCCGGUUUUUUUUCUGCGGCCUAUGCCAAAGAAGAAAUGGCUUGGGACGAGCGACGCUUGCGACUACUGCAGGAAAGGCAACACCAGACGGAAAGAACUACUAGAGCUGCUGCUCAAGAUGAAGCUCAAGUCGUAAGAGAUAAUCAACUACGAGCUGCUCGACGUCUUGCUCCGCCGGAACAAGCAGAAAUUGAGCAACCAGGACGAGAAGUGAUCACAAGGAUGCAUGAUCGUUUUCGUGCCUAUUUGCGGGAGUGGCAGGUGCCAAUGUGUGCAAUAGCGGACGAUCAAAUUUUUCUGGCACCAGACGGCCUAGCAGAUGCCAUCUUCUUAGACGGACGCUGGAAUACGCCAUGGAACAGACGUGACACUAGAAAAACCGAACGUGAAUAUUGGCGCCAAAAGAAAAGAAGAAAAUGGUCAAGUAGUCCAAAUGUUGGUAGAGCUGAUCAUGACG